ACAGCUUCCGGCGUCGCUCGUGUAGGUGGGUGAAGAAGGAGCGGGCCCUCGCCGCUCUGUCUCACUGUCUCGCGCUCUCUCGGGCAACAUGGCGGGUGUGGAGGAGGCAGCGUCCUCCGGGAGCCACCUGAAUGGCGACCUGGAUCCAGACGACAGAGAAGAGGGAGCUGUCUCUACGGCUGAGGAGGCAGCCAAGAAAAAAAGACGGAAGAAGAAGAAGAGUAAAGGGGCUGCUACAGCAGGGCAACAGGAACCUGAUAAAGAAUCAGGAGCCUCAGUUGAUGAGGUAGCAAGACAAUUGGAAAGACAAGCAUUGGAAGAGAAAGAAAGAGAUGAUGACGAUGAAGAUGGAGAUGGGGAUGGAGAUGGAGCAGCUGGAAAGAAGAAGAAAAAGAAGAAGAAGAAGAGAGGACCAAAAGUUCAAACAGACCCUCCCUCAGUUCCAAUAUGUGACCUGUAUCCUAACGGUGUAUUUCCCAAAGGACAAGAAUGCGAGUACCCACCCACACAAGAUGGGCGAACAGCUGCUUGGAGAACUACAAGUGAAGAAAAGAAAGCAUUAGAUCAAGCUAGUGAAGAGAUUUGGAAUGAUUUUCGAGAAGCUGCAGAAGCACAUCGACAAGUUAGAAAAUAUGUUAUGAGCUGGAUCAAGCCUGGGAUGACAAUGAUAGAAAUCUGUGAAAAGUUGGAAGACUGUUCACGAAAGCUAAUUAAAGAGAAUGGAUUAAAUGCAGGCCUGGCAUUUCCUACUGGGUGUUCUCUAAAUAACUGUGCUGCCCAUUAUACUCCAAAUGCUGGUGACACAACAGUAUUACAGUAUGAUGACAUCUGUAAGAUAGACUUUGGAACACAUAUAAGUGGUAGGAUUAUUGACUGUGCUUUUACUGUUACUUUUAAUCCCAAAUAUGAUACAUUAUUAAAAGCUGUAAAAGAUGCCACUAACACUGGAAUAAAGUGUGCUGGAAUUGAUGUCCGUCUGUGUGAUGUUGGUGAGGCCAUCCAAGAAGUUAUGGAAUCCUAUGAGGUUGAAAUAGAUGGGAAGACAUAUCAAGUGAAACCAAUCCGUAACCUAAACGGACAUUCAAUUGGGCCGUAUAGAAUACAUGCUGGGAAAACAGUGCCCAUCGUGAAAGGAGGAGAGGCUACAAGAAUGGAGGAAGGAGAAGUGUAUGCCAUUGAAACCUUUGGAAGCACAGGAAAAGGCGUUGUUCAUGAUGAUAUGGAAUGUUCACAUUAUAUGAAAAAUUUUGAUGUUGGACAUGUGCCAAUAAGGCUUCCAAGAACAAAACACUUGUUAAAUGUCAUCAAUGAAAACUUUGGCACCCUUGCCUUCUGCCGCAGAUGGCUGGAUCGCUUGGGAGAAAGUAAAUACUUGAUGGCUCUGAAGAAUCUGUGUGACUUGGGCAUUGUAGAUCCAUAUCCACCAUUAUGUGACAUUAAAGGAUCAUAUACAGCACAGUUUGAACAUACCAUACUGUUGCGUCCAACGUGUAAAGAAGUUGUCAGCAGAGGAGAUGACUAUUAAACUUAGUCCAAAGCCGCCUCAACAUCUUUUAUUUUCUAAGCUUUGUUGGAGUACAUUAUACCACAAUUAAUUUGCAACAUGUUUGUCUGUUUAACAGUGGACCUAUGUAAUGCUUUUAUCCAUGUUUAAAAAGGAAGGACUUUGAUCAAAUGCAAACCAUCUAAUGUAAUUAGCCAAGGAAAAAGCUUUCAGGACUUUCAAAUGUUAACUGUUUUUCCCAUCUAGGAAAUGCUAUAAAGCUCAAAUUAGUUAGGAAUGACUUACACAUUUUUUGUUUUAAACACCUAAGAGAUGCUUUUCAGAUAUUUAUAUUGCCAUAUUCUUAAUUGAAUGCUUUGAAUGACUACAUCCAAUUCUGCACCUAUACCCUCUGGUAUUGCUUUUUAACCUUCCUGGAAUCCAUUUUCUAAAAAAUAAAGACAUUUUCAGAUCUGA